AUGCCGAAUCCCCCUUCCCCGCCAUCUUCGGGGAAGAAGAGACCGCAUCCCUCCAGCGAAACCCCUCCAACCCAGUCCGACAAUACCGCAAAUAACCCCGCCACCGCAACCAAUCUCCCCUCCACCUCGCCCGCCCUGUCCACCACGACCUCGUCCUCGACGUCCUCCUCGUUCCGCAAUGUCUCGGCCUGCAACCGCUGCCGUCUGCGCAAGAAUCGCUGCGACCAGCGUUUGCCCCGGUGCCAGUCCUGCGAGAAGGCAGGGGUGCGCUGUGUCGGCUACGACCCCAUCACCAAGCGAGAGAUCCCGCGCAGUUAUGUCUAUUUCCUGGAGACCCGGGUCGCCUAUCUCGAGAAGCAGCUGGCUGAGCAUAAUAUCGAAUUCAAGAAAGCGGUAGCUUUCGACGAAGAAGAAGCGGUCAAAGUCGAAACCGAAGGCGAUUCCCACCAUGGUGAUGGCCCAGCCGGCGAGGUCUCGGCUGUGGAUAAGGCACAAGGGCGAAAUCCAAGAAUUAAAGAAGAGUCUACCGACCAAAAAGUCGACGGUGAUGCGGCCCGUGAUGGAGAUGGAGACGAAGAGAACUGGCGACUGCACAAUCUCGUGUCGAACAUCGGCAUGGUCUCGGUGCAAGGAACUUCUGAUCCUCGAUACCUGGGCUCUACAUCCGGGAUUUCGUUCGCGCGAGUUGUGUUUGCGGCCGUACGGAGCUCGCUCCCAGGCAACAUGCCGGACCGCAGCACGAUCCGCACGAGUGAACGUCUGCCCCAGGGCACUGCCGGUGCUGCCGGCGUUGGCGGGGGUGGCUCGAUGCGGGAUUCGUUUUUCGGGCUGCAAACAAGACCGAUGAUGAAAUGCGCUGCCUUCCCAGACCGAGAACUCGCCGAGAGGCUAGUUGAUCUGUAUUUCGAACACGCGAAUCCUCAGAUGCCUAUUCUCCAUCGAGGCGACUUCAUGGAGCUCUUGGAUCGGUCAUAUCAGUUAGAAGAGAAGAACCGAUCUCCCCGGGCCCUCUAUACACUCAAUAUCGUGUUUGCCAUCGGUGCGGGCAUCAUUUACGACGACAAAUCCCAAGGCUCAGAUGACGAAAAUCGCUCUAGCCGUGACCGGUCAUCAUCUACAUCGAAAAGACCGAGACUUUCAAGCCAUCAGUAUCAACCAGAGGAAUACCACGCAUCUGCGAUCAUUCACCUGGAGUCAUUUCUUGGUUCCUCGUCCAGCGAAGGCUUCGGCGGGCUAGAGGAGCUUCAAGCAGUGCUUCUCUUAGCCAGCUUUGCCUUGCUGCGGCCGGUGGCUCCCGGUCUCUGGUACAUCGUCGGAGUUGCUACGCGCUUGGCUGUGGACCUCGGACUUCACUACGAGGAUGGAGUAGGCAUCGAUUCGGGUGCGAAAGAUGGCAACCAAAACCAGUCGCGCAUCGAUGCCCGCGAACGAGGCCGACGCGAAUGGGUACGUGACCUCCGCCGUCGUCUGUGGUGGUGCGUUUACAGUUUCGACCGUCUUGUUGCGACCUGUGUUGGACGGCCGUUCGGCAUCAGCGAUCAAGCGAUUAGCACCGAGUUCCCGUCCAUGAUGGACGACAAGUUCAUCACCAAAGCUGGCCUCCUAACACCUCCCGAUGGCACCCCGACAUAUAAGCACGUCGCAUUCCAUUACUUCAAGCUUCGUCUCCUCCAAUCCGAAAUCCACGAUGUCCUCCAAUUUCAGCAGGCGCGCGCCGUACGAAGAAGAGCUUCGAGCACCACCGUCAUCCUCCCUCAUGCCGAACUUACCUCUCCUUUCCUCCAGGGCUUUGACUCCUUCCGCUCCUGGCGCCACGAUGUACAUCGUCGUCUAGUGGAAUGGCUCGAGUCCGCCCCGACACGCUCCGACACUGGCGUGCGAUUCUCUAUCGAAUUGCUUGAGCUAAAUUAUUGGCAAGCUAUUAUUCUGCUGUAUCAACAGAGUUUGACUGUGCCCGCUGAACUGGCAAGCGAGUUGACUCCGGACGACGUCUCUAGUCCGUCUUUCUCAAAUGUGGAUGAAGGCGACGAGGAGGAUCACGUUUAUCUUAACGUGGCUGAGGCUGGUCAAAAGGUGAUUCGAAUUUAUCGUCAACUUCACCGGGUACGCUUGGUCAACUACACUUAUCUUGCCACCCACCAUAUUUUUAUGGCUGGUAUUUCCUUUUUAUAUGCGAUCUGGCAUUCGCCCCUUGUGCGAAGCCGUUUGACACUCGACGAAGUUGAUUUCACUGUCCUUGCUGCGACCUCAGUUCUUGGGGACUUGUUCCAUAAGUGUCCUCCCGCAGAGGCUUGCCGAGAUGCAUUUGAGCGCAUGAGCAAGGCCACUGUUCAGAUGUGCCUGUCCACCACCGGCUUCGGGUCGCAGGUCGACAUGAGCCGCAUUCAGGCCACGACGCGUUCAGGCGGCUCUUUCCAGUCUGGGCGACUACAGCAACAGUCGAUGGAGCAGCGGCCACACCCCGGCCAGGGCCAGGCUCGGCGGAAUACGCAGACCCGCGUCACUCGGCCGCCUCCCAAAUUCGACAUGAACCUAGCGGACUUGUUCAACGACAAUACUCCGCUUGCCGACCGGUCUCGACCUGGAGGCCCAUCUUUCCCUGUUCGCUCAGAGUUCACGGAGUCAUCGGCUCCCGGCUUCGCCGCUGACCGCUCUUCUCGGCAAUUCGGUCAGCGCACCCCGUCUAUGGAGUACUAUCUCAAGUACGAGAACCCAGGGUCUCCACAGGCCCCUCCACAGUUCUUCUAUGGGGGUUCGCCUGGUUCUCCUGGUAGUGUAGCCGCCAACCCCGGCCAUGGGCCCCACGCCGUCCCACCUACUGAGCCCGACGCGCAGCAAGCAGGCAUCAGCCUCGAUUUCUUGGACUUUGGGUCCGGGGAUGCAGAGAACGCGCCCGGCAUGGACCCCGAUGUCAAUGCGGAUUACAGUUUGGCGAACAUGCCCUCUCUCGGCCAUAACUUGGGCCAGAACGUGGGGAUUGAUCUGGGUUUCGGUAUGGCAGUCGACUUCCAGCAUGACUGGAGUGAGAAUCCCAACUACGAUCUCUUGGAAGGCUAUUUCUUUGGCGGUUCGGGAGCAGGCGCUGCUGGUGGCGAUGCUUAG